AGAAACCCAAACGCACCCUUUUUCAAUUUUCUGUUUUCCUAACCCUAAACGCUUGAGAUCGAGAGUUUUAGAGAGAGAGAAAGUAGAAGGUUUUUGGUAAUGGAAGAGGGCAGAGCUUCAUCAUCAGCAUCCACAAACAGGAAUCAAGAAAUGUCAGCGUUGUCUCGUAUCAAGAAAGACUGCUUCUCUUUUACGGUUUCCAUACAAGAAGGUUUCCGCUAUUUUAAGGCCACUUUAACCGGUCAGGCGAAGAAGAUGACUGCAAGAAACGAGAAAGAAGCAACUGAAGCUGACCUACAGACUGCAAAAAUGCAGGUUGAAGCUGUUGAUGCUGCUGAGGAUGCCAAGAAGAGGAUUGAUAAAUCCAAUUAAUUACAAAAUAGAAAAAAAUAAUAAUAAAAUUAUUUUUAUUUUAUUUUAUUUUUUUGUAAUUUUUGUACAAUCUAAUUUUAGGGCCUUUUUAAGGAAUUAUUCGGAUAUAUGAUAUUUGUGUGAUAUGUAUAUUAAUUUUUGCUUGGACCCAAAAAGCUUCCUUUAGUUAUCAGAAAAAAAAAAAAAACAGAAAA